CUUUCCUCUCCGUCUCCGGCGCAGCAGAAUUGCCUUCUGCUCUUAUCACCGCUCGUCAGACUACCGUUUAUUUAUUAUUAUGCGAAUAUUUGACUCGAAAUUUGAGUAAUUUUUGCUCCAAAUUCGAGAUUAAUGUCUCGAAAAUGUCGUGCAGCUAUGCUGAUGGUCUUUCACCCUAUUCUAAUAAAGGCAAACUUGGUAUAGCAGAAAAAUUUGACACUUCGGAGGAGGUUAAACAGAAAGUCAAGACAUUGGCCCAAUGGAUCAACUCGAGUAAACACGUAGUUCUUCAUACCGGAGCUGGAAUCAGUACAUCGGCCGGAAUACCAGAUUUCAGAGGCCCGAAAGGAGUAUGGACUUUGGAGGAAAAAGGCGAAAAACCAACGAUAAACGUAUCUUUCGACGAAGCUGUGCCCACCAAAACACACAUGUCCAUAGUGAAGAUGGCGAACGCUGGUAAAGUUCAGUUCGUAAUCAGUCAGAAUAUAGACGGAUUACAUUUGAGAUCGGGAUUAGAUCGUAAAUAUUUGGCAGAAUUGCACGGAAAUAUGUUUAUCGAACAGUGUCAUCAGUGUCAGAGGCAAUUUGUUAGAACAUCGGCUACUUCGUCUGUGGGUCAGAAAUGCUUAGAUGAACCAUGCCCUGUGACCAAAAGUAACGGUAGACCUUGUCGUGGUAAAUUACACGAUACUAUUUUAGACUGGGAACAUAAUUUACCCGAGAAAGAUUUGGGUUUGGCUGAUUUUCAUUCGUGUGUGGCAGAUUUGAGUAUUUGUUUGGGCACAACGUUGCAAAUAGUCCCUAGUGGAAUUCUACCUCUCAAUACGAAGAAAUACAAUAACGGACGAUUAGUGAUUUGUAAUCUGCAACCGACUAAAUUCGAUAAAAAAGCUGAUUUACUGAUACACACGUACGUUGACGAUAUAAUGACUUUGCUGAUGCAAGAAUUAGGUCUCGAAUUACCAGACUUCGAUAGAAAACUAGACCCAUCGAAAAGAGAAAAGAGUUCGAUCGUCGAAUGGACCAUACCAGAUGCUGAAGUCAAACGAAUGAGACUUCUGUACGAACAGAACUGUUGUAAGAAUAAGAAAAGGAAAUCAAAAACCGAGUCUGGAAUCGACACGAAGCUGGUGAAAAUCGAAAAUCAGGAUUCUUUCGACGACGACGACGAUAAAAAAUGCCAAUUUAACAGUAUUAAUAACGAUCGUAAAAGUGAUAGCGAAUCUGGAACGGAUAGUUCCAUUAAGGAUUAUAAUGAAACUGCGAUUAAAAAAGAAAUCGUGUCUUUUUAAACGUAUCAUCGUUAUUUUCGAUUCAUCGUAAUAGACUAUUUAUUUAUUUAUUCAUUUUUAUAUUUAUCCUUUUUGUAGAAUUUAAUAUUAUUUUCGAGAUUGAUGCUCGAUUCGUGAAUUGACUUUAAUUUAUAAGCAAAUAUGAAAUAUGUACGAAACUACGUUUCUGUUUUCUGUGUAAUCGUUCGAAAUAUACUCGUAUUUAUUCUUCGUA